AUGUUGGGAGGAGCAGCCAAAACCUUCACAAAUUGGUUGGGAGGACCUUUCCCAUUCACCUCAACAACCGAAACCAAAAUCAAACGGUCACCAACUAACCUCUCUUUUCCAUCCAACGGCUGUCGUUGCACCACUUCAGUCGUGUCACAGCUUCCACUCACUGAGUCAGCAUCUCCAGGUCAGUUCCGAGUCGACAUCCUCUCGGAAUCGCUUCCCUUCAUCCAAAAAUUCCGAGGCAAAACCAUCGUUGUUAAGUACGGUGGCGCUGCCAUGAAAUCUCCUGAACUCCAAGCCUCCGUCAUUAACGAUCUCGUCCUCCUCUCCUGCGUCGGGCUCCGUCCCGUCAUGGUUCACGGCGGAGGUCCGGAAAUCAACCACUGGCUCAACCGUCUCAACAUUCAGCCUGUUUUCCGCGACGGCCUCCGUGUCACCGAUGCUGAAACCAUGGAGAUCGUCUCCAUGGUUCUCGUCGGCAAGGUAAAUAAAACUCUCGUCUCUCUCAUCAACAAAGCCGGCGCAACCGCUGUAGGUCUCUCCGGCAUGGACGGCCGCCUCCUCACCGCACGUCCGAAUUCUAAAUCCUCGGAUCUAGGAUUCGUCGGGGAUGUCGCAAAAGUAGAUCCGACUGUGAUCCGAUCUAUAGUAGACAGCGGUCAGAUCCCGGUAGUCACAUCCAUUGCGGCGGAUGAAUUUGGACAACCGUACAACAUUAAUGCUGAUACGGUUGCCGGAGAAUUAGCAGCGGCGUUAGGAGCGGAGAAAUUGAUAUUGUUGACGGAUGUUGCGGGGAUCUUAGAAGAUCGGAAUAAUCCAGAGAGUUUGGUGAAGACAAUUGACAUAAAAGGAGUAACGAAGAUGAUGAAAGAUGGAAUAAUCGGUGGUGGAAUGAUUCCUAAGGUUAGUUGCUGCGUGCGAUCACUGUCGCAAGGGGUUACAACCGCGAGUAUUAUCGAUGGUAGGGUUCCACACUCUUUGUUGCUUGAGAUUUUAACUGAUGAAGGUGCUGGAACUAUGAUUACUGGCUAA